GUCACGUGAUUGAUGUCGACUUCCGCCCCGGUGUUGUUGAAAGUGUUUGUGCAGUUUCAGGGCUGAUCAGUGCAGCAAACAUGAUCUUGUGCAGCACUGGAGCUUUUUUCUGCUUCUCCUUCAUCUCCGUUACACUCUCUUCAGCGGCUCCAAGUUUCACAGUGGAUUAUAAAAACAACAGCUUCCUGAAGGAUGGAGAAUAUUUCCGCUACGUCUCUGGCAGUAUUCACUACAGCAGGAUCCCCAGGAUCUACUGGAAAGACCGACUGUUAAAGAUGUAUAUGGCUGGACUCAACGCCAUCCAGACGUAUAUUCCCUGGAACUUCCAUGAGCCUGUGCCGGGUGUAUACAACUUCAGUGGAGAUCGAGAUUUGGAAUAUUUUCUCCAACUGUGUCAGGACCUCGGUCUGCUGGUCAUCCUGAGGCCCGGACCCUACAUCUGUGCUGAGUGGGACAUGGGUGGCCUGCCUGCAUGGUUACUGAAGAAGAAAGACAUCGUCCUUCGUUCCUCAGAUCCGGAUUAUUUAGCAGCGGUGGAUAAUUGGAUGGCGAAGUUGUUACCAAUGGUGAAGCGUUACCUUUAUCAGAGCGGAGGACCAAUUAUUACAGUACAGGUGGAGAAUGAGUAUGGCAGUUACUUUGCGUGUGAUUUUGAUUACCUGCGUCACCUGGUGAAACUCUUCCGCUCUCACCUGGGGGACGACGUGGUUCUGUUCAGCACAGAUGGAGCCGGAGUCGGGUAUCUGAAGUGUGGAGCUCUGCAGGGUGUCUAUGCCACUGUGGACUUCGGGCCUGGUGGAAAUGUGACUGCAGCUUUUGAAGCUCAGAGAUCCGCUGAACCUCGCGGCCCACUGGUGAACUCUGAGUUUUACACUGGCUGGCUCGACCACUGGGGAGAACAUCACUCUGUGGUUCCGACUGAAACUGUGGUCAAGUCCCUUAACGAGAUUCUGGACCUCGACGCAAAUGUCAACCUGUACAUGUUUAUCGGAGGAACCAAUUUUGCGUAUUGGAACGGUGCAAAUACACCGUAUGCUCCUCAGCCCACCAGCUACGACUAUGAUGCUCCACUAACAGAGGCUGGAGACCUCACACAGAAAUACUUCGCCAUCCGGGAUGUCAUUAAAAAGUAUCGGAAGAUACCAGAUGGAGUUUUGCCACCGUCUACACCUAAGUUUGCGUACGGAGUCGUGAAGAUGAAGAAAUUGAGGAGCGUAUCAGACUCUCUGGACCUUCUCUCAGUUUCUGGUCCUGUAAAAACUCUUUACCCGCUCACGUUUAUUGAGCUCGAUCAGAGCUUUGGCUUUGUUCUGUAUCGGACGUCACUUCCUGUGGACUGUUUAAAGCCGACUCCGCUCUCGUCCCCUCUAAACGGAGUUCACGACCGAGCAUACAUCUCUGUAGACGGAGUGGCUGUAGGGAUUUUGGAGAGAGACAGGAAUAUCACCAUUAAUAUAACUGGGAAAGCUGGGAGCAGACUGGACUUGCUGGUGGAGAACAUGGGUCGAGUCAAUUAUGGAAAAUACAUCAAUGAUUUCAAGGGUCUGGUGUCGAAUCUCACACUGGGAGCAGAAGUUCUGAGCAACUGGACGGUGUUUAGUCUCAGUAUAGAUGAGGUGGUGAAGGAGGGGCUGCUGUGGGACAUGGUCUCUGAACAGGACAGUGAAUCCACACACACUGCUGCCCCGCCCACCUCUCUGUCUCUGCCCACAUUCUACGGAGGCACAUUGGAGAUUCCUGAUCACAUCCCAGACCUGCCACAGGACACGUACAUCCAGUUCUCCAACUGGAGCAAGGGUCAGGUGUGGAUUAAUGGCGUGAACGUGGGUCGUUAUUGGCCAUCUCGUGGUCCUCAGAUCACUCUGUUUGUUCCUGCGUCUCUCCUCAGCACCGAGUCACCGAAUAACAUCACAGUGCUGGAGCUGGAGGCGUGUCCCUGCACCUGGGGUCAGUGCGUGGUUGAGUUCACACACACGCCACUCAUCAACUCCACUGUGAUGUACAUCAAACCUUACACGACGGAGAAAACACUGAACACACGCUGAACAGCAUGACGCAUCAUCUGUGUGAUGGUAAUGACUGGGUUAGGGUAAAAUUAGUGACUGCUCAACAGGCAAUGGUAAUGAUGGUGUUAGGGUGACGAUGGUGACUGAUCAGUGGGCGACGGUAAUGACUGAUCAAUGGUUGAUGGUAAUGAUGGUGUUAGGGUAACAGUAGUGACUGCUCGAGGGACGACGGUGGUGACUGCUCAAUGGGUGACGGUGAUGGGGUGACGGUGGUGACUGCUUGAUGGGCGACGGUAGUGACUGCAUUUAGGGUUACAGUCGUGACUGCUCAAUGGGCAACGGUAAUGACAGUGUUAGGGUGACUGUGGUGACCGCUCGAUGAGCGAUGGUAGUGACUGCAUUAGGGUAACAGUAGUGAUUGCUCAAGGGACAAUGGUGGUGACUACUCAAUGGGCGACGGUAGUGAUUGAUGGGCAACGGUAAUGACAGUGUUAGGGUGACGGUGGUGACUGCUCGAUGGGUGACGGUAGUGACUGCUCUAGGGGCGACUGUGGUGAUUUGCAGUUUCAGCAGGUUGAAAACCUUUAAAUGGUUUAUGUUCUACGUCACAGAGAUGAAUUGUUUUUAUUUUUUGUUCGAACGGAAGUAAACAUCUACACUGUAGUUGUAAACGUGUUCAGGAUGUGUGUGGAAUUAAAACACUGAUUCACUCUGGGAUUUUUUAAAUAAAGCAUUUUGCACUUUUCUCAUCUCAUCUCAUUAUCUGUAGCCGCUUUAUCCUGUUCUACAGGGUCGCAGGCAAGCUGGAGCCUAUCCCAGCUGACUACGGGCGAAAGGCGGAGUACACCCUGGACAAGUCGCCAGGUCAUCACAGGGCCUUGCACUUUUCUUAUUGUGAGAAAAUAUGUGAAAUAUGUUGUAUGAGUUUAAUUUUUUUUUUUUAUACCUUUUUAUGGAUUUAAGUCAUGUUUGUAAUUAUUUACCUGAAAUGUUUAAUGUGAAGUAUUCUAUGCAAUAAAUCAAUAAAUCUAAAUUUAAUAAAAUAUUUUUAAUCACAGGCCACUUUCUGACGAAUGCUGAUUUCAAUAAAUAUCACUGCUGGUUGAAA